UGGGUUUCUCCCUCGGCCGCAGUCAGCUCCCGCCCGCCAUGGCCAAGACUUACGAUUACCUCUUCAAGCUGCUGCUGAUCGGCGACAGCGGCGUCGGUAAAACCUGCCUCCUCUUCCGCUUCUCGGAGGACGCCUUUAACACGACCUUCAUCUCUACUAUAGGAAUUGAUUUCAAAAUACGAACGGUAGAGCUAGAUGGGAAGAAAAUCAAGUUACAGAUAUGGGACACAGCAGGUCAAGAAAGAUUCCGUACAAUCACAACAGCAUAUUACAGAGGAGCUAUGGGAAUAAUGUUGGUGUAUGAUAUCACAAAUGAAAAGUCAUUUGACAACAUAAAGAACUGGAUAAGGAACAUUGAAGAGCAUGCAUCUUCAGACGUGGAAAGGAUGAUUCUAGGCAACAAGUGUGAUAUGAAUGAGAAGCGACAGGUGUCAAAAGAGCGAGGAGAGAAGUUAGCAAUAGAUUAUGGGAUUAAAUUCCUGGAGACCAGUGCGAAAUCCAGCAUAAAUGUUGAAGAGGCAUUUAUUACACUUGCACGAGACAUCAUGACGAAACUCAACAGGAAAAUGAAUGAAAACAGUCCUCCAGGAAGCAGUGGGCAAGUUAAAAUCACUGCAAAGAACCAGUCAAAGAGAAGCAGCUUCUUUCGAUGUACAUUGCUUUGAUGGACUUGUUACUGACAGACUGCAGCAACCUUCUUUGCUUUUCUGAAAGCACAGUGUUGAUCAACCUCUGAAAUAAAUUCCACCUUCUGCUGCCAAGAGCUCGCUGUUUUGCAGAGGACCUGUUGGUCUUGCUGAGUGGGCUGUGCAGGUACACACUCGAGUGUCUCUCUUCGACCGCCCCCUCCGACCCUCCCUCCCCCUCCCCGACCCUCCCCACCACUCCCCAAACAUUGGCUGGUGUUUUUCGUCGCAAUGAUGAGAAUGGUAAUUGCAGGAUUGGAGACAUGAGAAUAUUCUGUGUAGACUUUAACCUGAACUGCCUAUCGCAAAAGCUGUCGCCGGUGUCUGGAACCAUCCACAAAUUAUCUACGCCAAAAACUAUCCUGUUCCAAAAAGCUUUUACUGGUUGGUCAUAUGCUGUUCUGAUUAUCUAGAACCAGAAGUAUUUCCAUUGUUGAUCUCUUCCCCUACUUUACCCCUCUCCAGCCCCAUCCAUUACCCAAAAUAAAAAUUUGUAUCUCCUCAUUUUUUUUUUCACUUUGAGUAGCAGAGUUUGGUAUAACUUCAUAAACAUUAGCAGAAAAUUACUGUUAUAUGUGGCAGCACAUGUGGUCCUGGGCUGGUGGAACCUCUAUAGUUAGUAUUUGUUUCUCAAGUGCCCUGAAGUAAAACCUGGUGAGUUGAUUUUUUUUCAGUGAAACUUCCCCCUUUUAUGAUUGGUUGUGCCAUCCAUCCGAGAAUGAAUGAACCGCUCCCGGCCAAUAAGCAGAAGUGCUACAGUGGGACCCCCUGCCCUUCAGCCAGUGUGGGGGAUGUUAGCCAACCCCCACCACCUGUUUUAUGGUCUGUAUGCUCUCUGCCAUCUGCCUCUCCCUGUGAGCACCCCUCCACCUUAGCUGAAAUAUAUGUGCGACAAGGUGGUGCGAAGCAGGUUAGGAUUUGGUGUGCUGCUCCUUGUGGUUAACUAGCCUGGUUGGCUGUUUAGGGCUCUCACAUCUGCAUGGCCACUGCAGUCGUAUAACACAGGAUGUUGAUAUAGUAGCAGUGAGUUCAGAGCAGAGCAAUGGAAAAACUGGCGUAACUCACAACAGAAGGGAAUAUCCCUUCAAACUACACAAAAGUAAAUUUGAAUGAAAUGUGUGAUAGGUUUCAAGUAUUGACUGAAUGUAAAUUUUCACUGGCUCUGCCAGACUGUGCUUUGAUUCCUGUCUGCCCCACUCCCUAUUUGGAACCGCAAUCAAAUGACGGCACCGUCUCUGCCUCUCCAUAUCUCUCUGUAGCACUUUCAAAGCCCAACCUACCCACUGAUGCCCAUACAUACUUCAUUGACAGCCCCUCUGUUUUUUGCACUUUUACUAUUAACUGCCUCCUGCUACUGGACACGGACUGCCUCUGGCUCCCUUCUGAUGUGAACAAACUAUACGCUCAGAAAAAACUGACUUUCUCUCUCAGCGCCAAGAUCUGUGUGCACUAACUGCUGAAGCAUUAGAGCAAUCACUCUUCCUUUCAAACCAUAGCUUUGAUGCAUUGUGUGGUAGCAGAGUGUCUCUGACAUGCUUUUUACAUCUGACAAACUUCAGUAGCAUGCUUUGGAUCAUCUACAGUUACAAAGUGUGUUUAACAACAUUGAACUAAUUCCCUUAUUUAAUUAUUUUACAUAAACUGGCUACAGACAAGAACACAUGUCAACUUUCAGUUGCAUCUCAGGUGUCCUCGAAGUUGUAACUUCAUUUGACUUGUCCGUGACUAUUUACUUGCAAUUGCCUUGCUUUAAGAAUGUGUACACUUGUAUAUGCCCAACUCUGAGUACAACUUUCUCCAGCCUGUGACGACUAAAUCAGAUGUGCUUCUUAACCCAGCAGUACGCUGGAGUAUAUGCUCUGAUGUAUAAAAUGUUUGCUAUUUUCUUAAAUGUAGCUACGCUAGAUUGUAAAUACAUCGCGGAAGGCCGUAGGAAGUUCACUUUCCACAUGGCAAGAGUGAGGUUUCUAAAAGAAACGUUUUGCAUUGGUAAUAAAUGCUUUCUUAUUGUGAACUUAAUUCACAACACUGUAACAGUAAGACUGCAAAACUGGGGGUUGGCUUGCAGUACAGAUACUAAUUAUUGUGAAGAAAGACUAUUUCCUGUGGAUUUUACUGAAUAACUUUAUUUCAUGAAAUGAUCAUUGUGUAUGGUUUACAAGAGACUCAACUAUAGAUGAAAAUGCAUACAUGCAGCAGUAUUACUGUUUCCAGGGCUGCACUUUAUUAUUAAUUCUUAAUAAAUUACUUCAGUGUUUAUUUUUAAUCUAGGUCCUGUGGAAUGCAGUGUGGCAUAAGUGAGUUUAUGGUAACUCAGCACAAGUUUAUGUCCAUGAUGGUAUCAUGUUGCAUAAAACCUGUCCACUUCACUUCUAGACAGAAAUAACAAUAGCAUUUUUCUACGGCCUUACCAAUAGAUUGUUGAAGACACUUAACAGGGACCAUUAUAAUUUUAGUCCAUUGUUUUACAUAAGCUAAAUUACAUGCACUCCCUCUUUCUUUUGCCCCAUUAUAAAAAGAAGCCGCUUUAGAAAUUUUUAUUUUUUUUUUAAAACUAUAAGCAUCUGUAAGCAUAUUUGCAAGUCCCUGCCAGUAUUGAAAGAUCUUGCAUCUAAAUGAAUGGGAUGGGUUCCUAUGACAAGUGUUUUAACAUUUGAAUUGGAUUAAUUCACGUGUACUGAUGUUCUGUUAAGUAAACUUGAUGGGUUUUAUUAUUCUGUGUGGACUUUUUUAUAAUGAGUCUGAAAUAAAGAUUAAAUGGCAAAACUA